GAGAGAAUAGCAAGUGGGCAUAUGUGGCUCCACAACAUCGGCUUCUCGUUACCCUUGGGGUCUUUAAUUUCAGUGACAACCCACGUGGAAAUCUACUUCGACCGCAGCCACGCCAUGCACAAAGGUCGACGGAGGGGAGAGCGAAUCACUCAGAGCCUUUCUGGCGCCAGAAGCUCUGUGGAUCAUGGUAUAUGACAGCAAUCGCCGCGCCCAUCCCGUCGCACUUCGACAAGCAUACGAAUCAGAUGACAUACAUUAACUAGAUCUUCGUGUCGCUCCCACCACCGUGCAUGCGGGGCGCAAAGGUCGCGGUCAAUGCGAAGUAUGACGCACGGGAAGUCUCGGUGUGGGGUCUCAGUGAUCAUGCAAUGAUCGAGUUGGCGAUGGAGACUCGGGCGGAGGCUCGGAAGCACGAGCAGGCCAUCCCACCAUUCAUCUUCACCACUGACGCCUGCGCGAAGCAACUUGAGGUCAGCAUUGCCGCCAGUGAGUUGGAGGACAUGGCGACCCAGGGGGCAGUGGGGGCGCGUCAAGCUCCAGAUGGCGCAGGCGGCGGGGAUGGCGCGCAACCACAUGAUGCAGACCGACAUCGGCGA